CCAGUCUCCAGUCCAACAGGACAGACGCGCUCAAACCCGGGAAUGCGCUAUAUAUUUCAGCGGAAUACAGUCAAAUAAGUGUUUUCUCUUAAAAGAAAAGAGCUGCACCCUACAGAUCUGCAGAACUUCCCUAAGCUUGUGUGCUUCUCGAGGGACACCUUAAGACAGAUUUGAGCUGCUGUCCCCUGUUUACCGAAACACAAUCAUUAUCAUCAUCAAUGAGGACAUUAGGAAUGGCUGUGUUCAAGCAACAAAAAGUGGAGGAUUUCUAUGAUAUUGGUGAUGAACUUGGAAGUGGGCAGUUUGCUAUUGUGAAGCGCUGUAAGGAGAAGAGUACAGGUGUGGAAUAUGCUGCAAAGUUCAUUAAGAAGCGGCAGAGUCGGGCGAGCCGGAGAGGCGUUCGACGAGAGGAGAUCGAGAGAGAGGUGGAUAUCCUACAGGAGCUCCAGCAUCCCAACAUCAUCACGUUGCACGACGUUUACGAGAACCGCACUGAUGUGGUGCUCAUCCUGGAGCUUGUUUCAGGAGGCGAGCUCUUCGACUUCCUGGCUCAGAAGGAGUCGCUGAGUGAAGAGGAAGCCACCGAAUUCAUCAAACAGAUCCUCAACGGAGUUCAGUACCUGCACUCCAAGAAAAUCGCACAUUUUGACCUGAAGCCUGAAAAUAUCAUGCUGCUGGAUAACAAUGUCCACCUGCCGCGGAUCAAACUUAUAGACUUCGGUUUGGCGCAUAGGAUCAAGGACGGAGUGGAGUUCAAAAACAUUUUUGGGACUCCAGAAUUUGUUGCUCCAGAGAUAGUCAACUAUGAGCCGCUGGGAUUAGAGGCAGACAUGUGGAGCAUCGGAGUCAUCACAUACAUCCUAUUAAGCGGGGCAUCGCCGUUCCUGGGCGACUCCAAGCAGGAAACUCUUGCAAACAUCUCAGCAGUGAACUUCGAAUUUGAUGAGGAGUUCUUUGGCAGCACCAGUGAACUGGCCAAAUGCUUCAUCAGACAGCUGCUGGUGAAAGAUACGAGAAAGAGGCUUAAAAUACAAGACGCGCUUAACCACCCCUGGAUUAAGACCCAUGAACGGCUGGAGGACAACAGCGCCACCAUAGAGGCGCAAAUGAAAGUGGAAUCUCAGCAACUGAAGACCAAACGCCUGAAAGAGUACACCAUUCAAUCCCACUCCAGCAUGCCACCCAACAACACCUAUGUCAACUUUGAGCGUUUCGCCAGCGUUUUGGAGGACAUCUCGUUGGUGGAAAUGGGUCUCGAAAAUGUGGCUCAGAAGCGCGAAUCCCUUCAGGACGACGUUGAGGCUCUUCUUUCCAUCUACUGUGAGAAGGAAGCUUGGUAUAAAGAGGAAAGCGAAAGCAUUCGUCAGGAGCUCUCGCAGGUGCGCUAUGAGUUUCGCAAAGCAGAGGUGUUGAGGAAAGGCCUCCAGCAAGACUUGAGGACAACCGACGCCAGCUUAGCCAGGAUCGACAGUCGCUACCUGACUAGAGAAGCCCACCUGAGCUCCCUCGGACAGGAACUGAACGCAGAACUCAGAUGGUUGCAGGAGGUUAUGGGGUCACUAAACGGAGAGGCUAGGGAACCUGGGGUUGGGAUCCAUUCAGCUCUGAACAACGAGGUGAACGAGGCCCUGAAGGAGCUGCUGAACAGGGCCUGUGGUGGCGAACUAUGUCCUCAAGCACAGCCAGACAUCUCUGAGUCUAGCUAGUGGAGAUUAGACAGCAGUUGUAAUACAUUGGGUUUAGGAGCAUUGCAGGAUGUGUAGUCAGAGGCGUAUCUUAUGGAGUAGCAACCACUGUAAAAGACAUUUUGAAAAUGUUUGUUCCCCCACAUUUU